AUGGCUGCCUUAAAUUUGAGCCAGAACGGCCCCUCUAUAACGGCCAGCUACCAGAAGAUUGUCAACAGUUCGCCCGCAGGCGCGGCGUCAGCUUCGCCCACAUUCGGAAUAUGGGCCGUCUUCUCGGUCAAAGCUCCGCUCGCCAAUGCCUUCCAGACCGACUCUGGCAAAGAGAGUGUGCUCUCAGUGCAAACCACUGGCGAGGGAGAAUUGGCAGAUCUGAUUGAAGAGUUCUCAGAUGGACGAAUUCAAUUCGCCUUUGUCAAGGUCAAAGAUCCAAAUACCACAUUGCCCAAGAGCGUCCUCAUUGCCUGGUGCGGUGAGGGAGUGCCGGAGAGGACCAAAGGAUACUUUACGAGCCACCUAAAUGCCGUCUCGAAGGUGCUCCAUGGCUACCAUGUGCAGGUCACGGCGAGGUCUGACAGAGACCUCACGCCUGAGCUCAUUGUGCAGAAAGUAGCCGACUCAUCUGGAUCCAAGUACAGCGGAGGUGGAUCUGUGCCUUCAGCAGCUGCCGCAGCCGCUCCACUACCUCCCAAGGCUUCAAAGCCAGUUCUUCCUACCAAGACCUUCCAAGUAUCCAGCGGCUUCUCACCACUCGGCCGCACGCGAGCACCUCAGCCAUCCAUGGCUACGGAUGCAGACGGAUGGGGCGCAGAUGCUCCACCAGUGACACGAUCGCAGCUUGAGAAGGUCGCACCCGCAUAUCAACCCACCAAAGUCGACAUGGCUUCAUUACAGACUCAGCGCGAACCUUCGCAGUUCCAACGACCACCACCCGCAAGCAACGGAAGCAGCGCAGAUGUUGUAAGCGGCGGAUAUCAGCCAAUUGGCAAGGUAGAUAUUGCAGCGAUCAGACAGCAGGCACAAAACUCUGGCAAUGUGCAGGACGACAGACCGACUGUGGUCAAGGGCGCAUACGAACCCGUUGGCAAGGUGGACAUUGCUGAGAUCAGAAGGAAAGCACAAGGUGCUCCUGCGCCUGCACCAGCGCCCCCGCCAGCACAGUCUACGGACAACGACGAGAAUCAGCCUAGGUCGCUGGCUGAUCGCUCUGCAGCUUUCACACAAAACAGACCUCUGACCGAGCUUCCGAAACCAAAGGUCGCGAAUCGAUUCGGAUCUUCCACAAGCAACUUUUCAGGCACCAAGGCUCCAGCGCCUGUGGGUUUCAGCUCCAAGCCGAUUCAAUCAUCAGCGCCCGUUGGAACAGCAAGCAAGACUUUCGCAGAUGAGGGAGGCAAAACUCCAGCACAACUUUGGCAAGAGAGGAAAGCACGCGAGCGUGGCCUGAGUGGCGCAGGAGAUACACAACCACCAGCAGGAUUGGGGCAGCCUGCUUCGCCAAUCCAGAGCCAGACCAGUGGCGGAUGGCAUAGCGGGUACGGCGGAAAGAAGUGGGAUGUUCAGAUCCCGACUCGAACGGGCGGCAGUGGUGUGAGCGAGCAACGUACUGGACAGAAUGAGCCCAUUCAAGAAGAGCUCGAACUCCGUUCGGGUGGAGUUGGCUCUAUCAGAGAUCGCUUUGCGGGUGCGGCACCUAUGGGCGCUCCACGCGACUUGACUGGCGACGCUCCUGAGCCUCCGCCACUCGACACUUCUUCAAAGCCAAACGCGGGCGCUCGCGGAGUUCCAAUUCCCGGGCUGCCUACACGACCUGUGGAGGAUGUGCCCGCACAGCAACAUCAAGACCUGCCACCUCCUCCGCCACGAGGCGUGCCACAGGAUGAGGAGGAAGACGAAGACGAGCCAAUUCCUCAAGGCUCACCUGUUCGCAUCGCUAUGCCAGUUGGUCGUGGUGCAGAUCCUGUUGAGCCAGCAGAACAACUGCCUCCUCGUGCCAUACCAAGCGAAUCACUUUCCAAGGUAGCUUCACAACACCAUGACCUCGAGCCAGAGCCACACGUCCAUGACCAAGAUCCAUCGCGAGGAGCUGCUCAGGCUGCUGCUGCCAGCACUUUUGGGCACCAAGAAGACGCUCGCGGUGCUGGUGCAUCAGGCGGACACGAAGCUAUUGCGCAGUACGACUAUGAGAAGGACGAAGAUAAUGAGCUUGCUCUUCAAGAAGGUGAACGAAUCAUCAACAUCGAAAUGGUUGAUGAUGAUUGGUGGAUGGGAGAGAACAGCAAAGGCGAGAAAGGUCUCUUCCCAAGCAAUUAUGUCGAGCUUGUUGGAGGUGGAGGUGGAGGUGGUGCUGCUGCCCCUGCUGCUUUUGCGGCACAUGAAGAGGCUCCAGCACCGCCCCCAGCAGCACCGCAACCUGCUGGUGGCAGUCUUCCCACUGCUGUUGCUGAGUACGACUACGAAGCAGCAGAGGAGAAUGAGCUCAGUUUCCCAGACGGCGCAACUAUUCACAACAUUGAAUUUCCCGACGAGAACUGGUGGUCUGGCGAGUACAAUGGCAAAGUGGGCCUGUUCCCAGCCAACUAUGUCAAGCUGAAUAAGUAGACGAUGUUUUAGAGAGGGAGAAACGCUGUACGUGCACGAAAGCAAGCAUAUCGGUGUAGAUACUCGUGGAGCGAUCACAAAAAGAAGAUCGUCAUUUCAAUGGCAUUUACC